AUGGAAGAGAUAAUAUUGAUACGUGAAGCUGAUAUAGAAGGUACAAAUGAUAAACGUUUCCGGAAUGUUCCAGAAGAUGAUGUUCCACCUAACCAAAGAGAUUCAAAAUUGAAGCGAGCAGUUGACAAGAAGGACGUGCACAGGGAGCAGAGGCUGAGAAACAGGAAACCAGAACUAACAUGUGACCAUAUUGUAAAAGAAAGAAAAUUGAAGCGAGCAGUCGACAAGAUGGACGUGCACAGGGAGCAGAGGCUGAGAAACAGAACUAACCCAACGACCUACUACCUAACCAAAGACAUUCGUAAUGCACGAACCGAUAAUACAAAAAAUUUAGACAAUACAAAAUUUUUAUACUAUGGACCUGAAAAUAUGAACGAAUUUGAAUUACUACCUGAGGUUAAUGAAAGUUUUGAACAUCCAAGAAUAUUGAAGCGAGCAGUCGACAAGAUGGACGUGCACAGGGAGCAGAGGCUGAGAAACAGAACUAACCCAACGACCUACUACCUAACCAAAGACAUUCGUAAUGCACGAACCGAUAAUACAAAAAUUCAGACGAUACAAAAUUUUUGUAAGAAAAUUGAAGCGAGCAGUCACAGAUACUAUGGACCUGAAAAUAUGAACGAAUUUGAAUUACUACCUGAGGUUAAUGAAAGUUUUGAACAUACGAUACAAAAUUUUUGUAAGAAAAUUGAAGCGAGCAGUCACAGAAACAUUCCAACUAAUGUUGAUGAAAAACAACUCAAAAGAAUAUUUUUGAAUGCGGCCAAAGAUCCAACAGCAAAAAUAAUUGAAUGUCGAAUCAUGAGAGAUCUCACUCGACCUAAUAUUAAAGGGGUAUUUAAAUCAAAAGGGUUUCGCUUUAUAGAAUUUACAAAACACGAAAACUCACUUGCUGCUAAAGCUACAAACAGCAACCCUGAAAUUUUUGGAGACAACCAGCGUUUAAUUGUUGAGUUUUUACUUGAACAUAAAUCUGCGUUAGAAACUAAGCAAAGGAGAUUACUUAAUUCUCAAGCCAAAUUAAAGGACAUAAAAUCAAAUGUUGGGUAA